AUGGGUUUCGGCCACCAGCGGGACGGCAACAGUCUGUUCGGGUGGGGGGGGUCGUCGUCAUCGUGGGGGGAAUGGGCGACGGGCGGCACCGAAGGCGGCGGCGGCGGCGGCGGUGGUGGUGGUGGCAGUGGCGGUGGCGGUGGGGGACCCGACGACCGGAGGAUGGGAUGGACGAACAAGGAGUGGAAGAAGUUUACGGCGGGCCUUCGGGGACACACCGAUGACUACGAUAAGAUUUGGUCAUCGUGGGUGCCCUUCAAGGUGGACACGAGCGGUCUUCAAGAGGUGCUCAAGACGAAGACUAGCGACUUGGCGAUCAAGACCCUCGCGAAGCUUCAGACGAUGGCGGGCCAAGAGGACCAGGCGGAGGAGACGCUGCUGAAGCUCAUCCGGGAUCCCUACAACCUGGGGGACGUGUCGUGGCUCGCAAAGAGCGCUGCGGAGACGGCCGAGUGGCGCCGCUUGGUGGUGCACCAGAAGAGGAUCAAGAACAAGCACCUGAAGGAUGUCAUGGCGCUCGAGGACAGGUCUCUUGCACUUUCGGCGGAGUUCGAAGGGACUAUUCUGGACUACUCCAGGAUGAACGUGUCGCAAUUGACGAUGAAGCUUCUCUUGGACCUGGCGAAGCGGCAGAACCUCAACAAACGGAUCACUGCCAUGUUCGAAGGCGAAAAGAUCAACAACACGGAGAACAGGGCGGUCCUGCACGUCGCCCUCCGCUCCCACAGGGACGACCCUCCCAUCUACGUAGACGACGUCGACGUCAUUCAACAGGUCCAUGACACGCUGGACAAGGUGAAGGACUUCUCGGAGCGCGUGAGGAGCGGCGAGCUCCGCGGGGCCACGGGAAAAAACCUGGUCAAUAUCGUCGCCGUUGGGAUCGGCGGGAGCUACCUCGGACCGGAGUUCGUGCACGAGGUUGCAUAG